UGCCUGCUUGAGGCUGAGUUAAGUUGCUGGUGGUGAUUGGAACCUCUCUUUGGGUGUCAGAACUCGAAACUUAACCUGGAGGAUGUUGGGCUCAAAGAAUAUGCCCUGGCGGAGGCUGCAGGGCAUUUCCUUCGGGAUGUAUUCGGCCGAAGAACUCAAGAAAUUAAGUGUUAAGUCCAUUACAAACCCUCGUUACCUGGACAGCCUGGGGAACCCGUCGGUGAACGGCCUGUACGAUUUAGCUUUGGGCCCUGCGGAUUCCAAAGAGGUGUGCUCCACCUGCGUGCAGGACUUCAACAACUGCUCUGGCCACCUGGGCCACAUUGAGCUUCCGCUCACGGUGUACAACCCUCUCCUCUUUGAUAAACUCUACCUGCUGCUCCGGGGCUCCUGUUUAAACUGUCACAUGCUGACCUGCCCCCGGGCUGUGAUUCACCUCUUAGUCUGCCAGCUGCGAGUUCUGGAAGUGGGUGCCCUACAAGCAGUCUACGAGCUUGAGAGAAUUCUGAACAGGUUUCUAGAAGAAAACGCUGAUCCUACUGCCUUCGAGAUUCAGGAAGAGUUAGAACAGUACACGGCCAAAAUUGUACAGAACAAUCUGUUGGGAUCCCACGGUGCACACGUGAAAAAUGUUUGUGAGAGCAGGAGCAAACUCAUUGCUUACUUCUGGAAGGCACAUAUGACUGCUAAGCGGUGUCCCCACUGCAAGACCGGGCGGUCAGUUGUCCGAAAGGAGCACAACAGCAAGCUGACAGUCACAUACCCAGCCAUGGUGCACAAGAAGGCUGACCAGAAGGACACAGAGCCCCUGGGAAUUGAGGAAGCCCAGAUGGGAAAACGAGGGUACCUAACACCCACCAGCGCCCAAGAACAUCUUACUGCCCUUUGGAAGAAUGAAGGAUUCUUUCUGAAUUACCUUUUUUCGGGACUGGAAAAUGUCGACAUGGAGUCUAGAUUCAAUCCCAGUAUGUUCUUUUUGGAUUUCCUGGUCGUGCCACCCUCAAGGUAUCGCCCUGUCAAUCGGCUGGGGGACCAGAUGUUUACCAAUGGCCAGACGGUGAACUUGCAGGCUGUCAUGAAGGACAUGGUUCUCAUCCGAAAACUUCUGGCAUUGAUGGCCCAAGAACAGGAGCUGCCGUGUGAGGUGGCAGCACCUGCCAAGGAUGAGGAAAAAGACUCUUCAGUUGUUCUGGACCGGUCCUUUUUGAGUCUGCUUCCAGGCCAGUCCCUCACAGACAAACUUUACAACAUUUGGAUUCGUCUUCAGAGCCACGUCAAUAUUGUGUUUGAUAGUGAGAUGGACAAAUUAAUGAUGGAAAAGUACCCUGGCAUUAGACAGAUCCUGGAGAAGAAGGAUGGCUUAUUCCGAAAACACAUGAUGGGGAAGCGAGUGGACUACGCAGCCCGUUCGGUCAUCUGCCCAGAUAUGUACAUUAACACCAACGAAAUUGGAAUUCCCAUGGUGUUUGCCACAAAACUGACCUACCCUCAGCCAGUCACCCCCUGGAAUGUUCAGGAACUGAGGCAAGCAGUCAUCAAUGGCCCCAAUGUGCACCCGGGAGCCUCCAUGGUCAUCAAUGAGGAUGGCAGCCGCACAGCCCUGAGUGCCGUCGACCUGACCCAGCGGGAAGCUGUAGCCAAACAGCUCCUGACACCAGCCACAGGGGCACCUAAGCCCCAGGGGACAAAAAUUGUGUGCCGGCAUGUGAAGAAUGGGGACAUCCUCCUGCUGAACCGACAGCCCACCCUGCACAGACCCUCUAUCCAGGCACACCACGCCCGCAUCCUGCCUGAAGAGAAAGUCCUGCGGCUCCACUAUGCCAACUGCAAGGCAUAUAACGCUGACUUUGAUGGAGAUGAGAUGAAUGCUCACUUCCCCCAGAGCGAACUGGGCCGGGCCGAGGCCCAUGUCCUGGCCUGCACGGAUCAGCAGUACCUUGUUCCCAAGGAUGGCCAGCCAUUGGCGGGGUUGAUCCAAGAUCACAUGGUUUCGGGUGCAAACAUGACCAUUCGAGGUUGCUUUUUCACUCGGGACCAAUAUAUGGAGCUGCUAUACCGAGGACUCACAGACAAAGUGGGGCGUGUGAAGCUCUUUCCUCCUGCCAUCCUGAAGCCCUUUCCACUGUGGACAGGAAAGCAGGUUGUGUCAACACUGCUCAUAAACAUAAUCCCAGAGGACCACAUCCCACUGAGCUUGUCGGGAAAGGCGAAGAUCAACGGCAAAGCCUGGGUGCAGGAGUCCCCUCGGCCUGUUCCUGGCUUUAACCCUGACUCCAUGUGCGAGUCCCAGGUGAUCAUCAGAGAAGGGGAGCUGCUCUGUGGGGUGCUGGACAAGGCGCACUACGGGAGCUCCGCCUAUGGCCUGGUCCACUGCUGCUAUGAGAUCUAUGGCGGGGAGACCAGCGGCAAGGUUCUCACCUGCCUGGCCCGCCUCUUCACCGCCUACCUUCAGCUCUACAGAGGUUUCACCUUGGGGGUGGAAGACAUUCUGGUUAAGCCGAAGGCAGAUGUGAAGAGACACAGGGUCAUCGAAGAGUCCACCCACUGCGGGCCGCGGGCUGUCAGGGCUGCAUUAAACCUGCCAGAAGCCGCUUCAUGUGAUGAGGUCCGAGGCAAAUGGCAGGAUGCCCAUCUGGGCAAAGACCAGAGGGAUUUUAACAUGAUUGAUCUGAAGUUCAAGGAGGAAGUGAACCAUUACAGCAAUGAGAUUAACAAGGCAUGCAUGCCAUUUGGCCUGCACAGACAGUUCCCGGAAAACAACUUGCAGAUGAUGGUGCAGUCUGGAGCCAAAGGUUCAACUGUGAACACCAUGCAGAUCUCAUGCCUGCUGGGCCAAAUCGAAUUGGAAGGUCGGAGACCCCCCUUGAUGGCAUCUGGCAAGUCAUUGCCCUGCUUUGAGCCUUAUGAGUUCACCCCCAGGGCCGGCGGUUUCGUCACUGGCAGAUUCCUCACUGGCAUCAAGCCUCCUGAGUUCUUCUUUCACUGCAUGGCCGGGCGAGAGGGUCUAGUGGACACUGCUGUGAAAACCAGCCGCUCCGGCUAUCUCCAAAGGUGCAUCAUCAAGCACUUGGAGGGGCUGGUCGUCCAGUAUGACCUGACUGUCCGCGACAGUGAUGGCAGCGUGGUACAGUUCCUGUACGGGGAGGACGGCCUGGACAUCCCCAAGACGCAGUUCCUGCAGCCCAAGCAGUUCCCCUUCCUCGCCAGCAACUAUGAGGUGAUAAUGAAAUCGAAGCAUCUGCAUGAAGUUUUAUCCAGAGCAGAUCCCCAAAAAGCUCUCCGUCACUUCAGAGCCAUCAAAAAAUGGCAAAGCAAGCAUUCCAACGGCCUGCUGAGAAAAGGCGCCUUCUUGAAUUAUUCACAGAGAAUUCAGGCAGCUGUGAAAGCCUUGAACCUUGAGGGUGGGAACCAGAAUGGCCGCAGCCUUGGGACUCACCAGAUCUUGAACAUGUGGGGUGAGUUAGAUGAGCAGAGUCGAAGGAAAUACCAGAAGAAGGCAGCUCCUUGUCCUGACCCCAGUCUGGCUGUUUGGCGCCCAGACAUCUACUUUGCAUCGGUGUCAGAAACAUUUGAAAAAAAGAUGGAUGACUACAGUCUCGAGUGGGCAUCUCAAGCAGAGAAGAGUUACGAGAAAUCAGAGCUUUCUCUUGACAGGUUGAGGACCCUGCUGCAGCUGAAGUGGCAGCGCUCACUGUGUGACCCGGGUGAGGCCGUGGGCCUGCUGGCCGCCCAGAGCAUUGGGGAGCCCUCCACGCAGAUGACCCUGAACACCUUCCACUUUGCUGGCAGAGGCGAGAUGAACGUCACCCUGGGCAUCCCGAGGUUGAGGGAGAUUCUCAUGGUGGCGAGUGCCAACAUCAAGACGCCCAUGAUGAGUGUGCCCGUGUUCAACACCAAGAAAGCACUGAAGAGAGUGAAAAGCCUGAAGAAGCAACUCACCAGAGUAUGCUUAGGGGAGGUGUUGGAGAAAAUUGAUGUCCAGGAGUCGUUCUGUAUCGGAGACAAACAGGACAAGUUUCAGGUGUACCAGUUGAGGUUUCAGUUCCUGCCACAUGCGUAUUACCAGCAGGAGAAGUGCCUGAGACCUGAGGACAUCCUGCACUUUGUGGAAACAAGGUUCUUAAAGAUUCUGAUGGAAUCCCUCAGAAAGAAGAAUAAUAAAGCCUCAGCUUUCAGAAGCGUUAACACUCGGAGAGCUACCCAGCGGGAUCUAGACAACUCUGGCGAGUCGGAGAGGAAUCGGGGAGAACAGGAAGGCGACGAGGAAGAGGAGGGGCCCAUUGUGGACGCUGAAGCUGAGGAGGGGGACGCUGAUGCUUCUGAUGCCAAACGCAAGGAGAAACAAGAAGAGGAGGUCGAUUAUGAGAGCGAGGAAGAGGAGGUUGAGGAGGAUAAUGACGAUGAGGACAUGCAGGAGGAAGGUGCUCACAAGGCCCAGGAGCAGGAUGAAGAGGUGGGCUUGGGCCCCGAGGAGGACUCGCCCCCUGCCGCCCCCCUCAGCCAGCCCCGGAAGUCCACUCGCAGCAGAGAGCCCCAGGGAGCCGGGGCCGUCGAGCGCCGGGUGCAGGCCGUGCGCGAGUCGCACCCGUUCAUAGAGGACUACCAGUAUGACUCCGAGGAGAGCCUGUGGUGCCAGGUGACAGUGAAGCUCCCUCUGAUGAAGAUUAACUUUGACAUGAGCUCCCUGGUAGUGUUGCUGGCCCAGAGUGCUGUCGUCUACGCGACCAAGGGCAUCACAAGGUGCCUCCUCAAUGAAACCACCAACAAGAAGAAUGAGAAGGAGCUUGUCUUAAACACUGAAGGAAUUAACCUGCCGGAGCUGUUCAAAUACGCUGAGGUUCUGGACUUGCGCCGCCUCUAUUCCAAUGACAUCCACGCCAUGGCCAGCACCUACGGCAUCGAGGCCGCACUGCGGGUGAUCGAGAAGGAGAUCAGGGACGUGUUUGCUGUGUACGGCAUUGCGGUCGAUCCCCGCCAUCUGUCCCUGGUCGCCGACUAUAUGUGCUUCGAGGGCGUGUACAAGCCGUUGAAUCGCUUUGGGAUCCGAUCAAACUCCUCCCCUCUGCAACAGAUGACAUUUGAAACCAGCUUCCAGUUUCUGAAGCAGGCCACCAUGCUGGGAUCGCACGAUGAGCUGAGGUCCCCUUCCGCCUGCCUCGUGGUCGGGAAAGUCGUCCGGGGCGGGACAGGCCUGUUCGAGCUCAAGCAGCCCCUGAGAUAGUGGCCACCGCCUACCAUCUACCCGGCCUGGAGGACAGCCAGGAGGACCUGGGGGCGGGCCUGGCCUGCCCGUCCCAUGAGAGGCCUGGGAGAGCAGAGGCCAAGGUGGCCCAGGUGGCCGUGCAGGGCACGGCAGUGAUGCUGGGGGGCCGUGAAAGCAGCUGGCCUCAGGGCUGGACCAGCUUCAACUGGAAAGUGGCAGCGUUCCUUGGCCUUCCCCGUCUCGGGAUAUGAGCAGGGUUCACCGAGUCCCCUGAGUCCCUCUCAGGUGGCCAGCCCUUCCCCUGUGCGGCACCUCUGAGGCAGGGAGGUGAGGUCUUGUUGCUAUGAGCAGCCAGUGACUGCAGGCAGGAUUCUGGGGUGGGGCUCUCGCCAUCCUAGGGGCAAAGUUCGCUCAGGGCCAAGCCCAUGCCUCUACCCGCCCAGCUUCUGUACCCGGGGCAGGGACCCAGCAGCUCGGCCCCACACGUAGAACCCCGAGUCGCCAGCCAGGCUGUUGGAACAGGUUGCCUGGCUUAUCUUACCCAGCUCUGCUCUCAGCAUUGAGGCCCGCAACCCUCUCUGCGGGCCCUGCUCCCUCUGGGCCGCCCAGCCUCCCUUGACCUCUGGCACCAUAGCAGGGGACCCUGGCAUGACUAGAAAAUCAGAGGACUUGUACAAGGGUUUUGUAAAACCAGAGGCUGUUUCUAUUUUUGUCUAAUGUUAUUCCAGCUCAGGCUGAGUAAUAAACAUCACUGGAACUAGCUAUUGGGAGGGGGAAAAAAAUUAAAAAGACUUCAGUUUUUGUUUUUUCCCUUGGUUUGUGGUUUCUGCAUUUCUGAUCUGAGAGUCCAGGACUGUGAUUUCUCAGCACAGUCAUGUCUUGGGUCCCUUCUGUUCCUGUCAAAGGACAUGGGGGAGAGCACAGCCCCUGCUGCGUCCCCUUUCCUGAGCCAGCUUCUGCCCCCGUGGCCAGGAGAGUAGAAGCCAACGGGAAGGAGCCAUGUGCGUCGGGC